CUAAUUGCAAAAUAGAAAUGGGAAAAAUGCCUAUGCCCUGACUCAUGGCAUCUUCAUAUUAUACAGGUAUAUUCUUCAUCUGAGCAAGAACAGCAUUUGAAAAUUCAGAUUAGCCCCCCAACUUCGAGAUUACCGAAGAGCCUGUGGACAACUUGCUUUUUGGAUUUGAUUUCCUCGCACUUCCUUGAUUGGCUCAACUCAGUCUUCACAACAGGAAAAAGAGGAAGAGAAAAGAAGAGGGGAGCUUGUGAAAGAAAGAACUAAAAUUUGAUUUCAAAGCACAGAGACUUGAAGAGUCUGAGAGAGAGAUGGUGGCAGUAUUUAACAAGGAGCUAUUAAGUUGGUACCUCCUCACUGUCAAACUCAGGGAGACCGUAGAAACUGGCAUUGCGAAGUCGUCACCCGGUUCUACCCCAUCACGCGACCUGCCAUUGGAAUCAACCCAACAAUCACAGCCAACGUCGGAAUUGAAAUCACCCUCCUUCUCGCAUUUGAUAACAAUCAAUAAUGGUGGUGAAAAUGUCGAAGAAGAAGAAGGGAAUCGGAAGGAAUCAGAGUGGGUGAUCUCCAUUAGGGAGAAGCUAGAGCAAGCACGUCAUGACCAUGACGCAGCCGCAUGGGCUAAGCUCUGCAUCUACCGAAUCCCACGGAGCCUCCGGGAGGGCAACGACUCCUACAAGGCCUUCGUUCCCCAAAUCGUUUCCCUGGGUCCCUACCAUCACGGCCAGGAACACCUCCGAGAUAUGGAGCGGCACAAAUGGCGUGCCCUCCACAGGAUUCUCAAGCGAACCCGCCAGGACGUGACGCUUUACCUCGAUUCCCUCCAGGACCUCGAGGAGAAGGCUCGCGCGUGCUACGAAGGCUCCAUCUCUCUCAGCAGCUACGAAUUCGUGGAGAUGUUGGUGCUCGACGGCUGCUUCGUCCUCGAGCUAUUCCGAGGAGCCGCCGAAGGUUUCAAGCAUCUGGGCUACUCCCGCAACGAUCCGGUCUUCGCAAUGCGGGGGGUGAUGCACUCCAUCCAGCGCGACAUGAUCAUGCUGGAGAACCAGAUCCCACUCUUCGUACUCGAUCGCCUUCUGGGUCUCCAGAUCGGUGAGCCCGACCAGAGAGGACUGGUGGCCAAGCUCGCCCUCCGAUUCUUCGACCCAUUAAUGCCGACAGAUGAGCCGCUGAUGAAGCGCGAGAGGGACAAGCUGGAGUCAUCGCUGGGUCAGUCGUCUACUGCCACCACCCCCUUCGACCCCUUGACGGACCAGAUGGGCCUUCACUGCCUGGACGUGUUCCGGCGGAGCCUCUUGCGGAGAGGGCCUGGUCCCGAGCCACCCCCCGUGUUGAGGAGUUGGAUGAAAUGGAGGUUAUACUCGGCGAGGGUGGCGGACAAGCGGCGGCAGCAGCUGAUCCACUGCGUGACGGAAUUGAAUGACGCAGGGGUGAAGUUCAGGAAGAGGAAGACGGAUCGUUUCUGGGAUAUCAAGUUCGAGAACGGGGUUUUAUGGAUACCUAGACUGUUGAUCCACGACGGGACCAAGUCUCUGUUCCUGAACCUCAUUGCGUUCGAGCAGUGCCACCCAGAAAGCAGCAACGACAUCACGGCGUAUGUGAUAUUCAUGGACAAUCUCAUAAACUCGCCAGAAGACGUGGGGUACCUGCACCAUUACGAUAUUAUCGAGCACUGGAUGGGGAGCGACGCGGAGGUGGCGGAGCUGUUCCACAGGCUAUGUCAGGAAGUGGUGUACGAAAUCAACGACAGCGACCUCUCCCGACUGUCGGAGGAGGUGAACCGAUACCACAACCACAGGUGGAACUCAUGGAAGGCCACCUUGAAGCAUAACUACUUCAACAACCCCUGGGCUAUCAUCUCCGUCUUCGCUGCUAUCUUCUUGUUGUUUCUCACUUCCGCACAGAGCUUUUACAGCGUUUAUGCAUACUAUAGGCCAAACCCUUGAAAAAUAAGCAGCAGAAACCCCCAAAUCAGGGUUUUAGAAGUUGGAACAAAAGAUUAAUACAAAUUCUUUGUUUACUGAGCAAGUUA